UAGGAUAUGGAGAGAAAAAGAUGAUCACAUUAACACAUUCAGUCCAAGUGCGCCGUUUCACAUCCGACUUACUGCGAGUGUUGAAAGGGCAGUCGCUACAAAGGGUCUCCUUCGUUAACUUCCCGGCAGCUUACGAAAAGGUUUUUCAUAAGACUUUCAAGCCCGCCGAGUAUGGGCUGUGCGACCUGGAAGAUCUACUGGCGGAAAUUCCCGAUGGAACCGUAACUGUGGACGAAGUGAACACCAUCGCUAUACCAAAACGGGAGCAGACCGCCGAACAAGUUGAGCGCACAAACCAGUUCAGAUCCGAGAUAGAGGAAUUUUUGUGUCAGUCGCCGUACUGCUCCAUACUAUUCGAUAAGUUCAUACCGGCCUAUCACAGACACUUUGCGCGUCAGUGCAAGGUCUCGGAUUAUGGUUUCACAAAGCUCGUGGAACUGUUCGAGGCCAUUCCAGAGACGGUCGAGGUGGAGGAAGUGUCUGACACAGAACGUAGAGUGAAAUUGAAGCUUCAGACCGCUUUGGAAGUCCUCGGUGGACAAAUACGUUCCUUAAUCUUGCAGUCUAAUUUCUCUACCAUUCUAAUUAGUGAAAUGGUCGAUGUGUUUAAACAAACGCACGGGUAUACUUUGAAAGCUCUGCCUUACCAAUGUCAAGACUUGACAGAGUUAGUACUCAAACUAGACGAUUUUAUUCAGGUCACUUACAGCAGAUCAGCACCUCUGCUCAGUGUCGUAAACGUGGAUAACCAAGUGUUGGAGAUCCGAACUUGGACACUACUGAGACACCCCCCCUACAAAUGUGGCCUGAGCAAAUUUAAAUAUGAGUAUCGCAUAAGAUUUUUGACUAACGCACCGAUUCGUCAGCUGAAGGGCCUUACAGCAGCUGUUCGGAUAUCACAAGAGAAUGAUCAGCAAAUCAUUUCUCUGGGUCCUCUACACAUUUUAUGUGCUCAGUUAUACCAAAUACUGUACCGACGAAAUGGGUCGGUUGAGCUGAAUAAGAUACCCGAUUUAUAUUUCAAAGAGUACGGAUCCGUUUUAUCCGCGAGACGGUACAAAGUGAACUCUUUCGAUAAUUUGUUUCGACAAAUUAAGUUUUUAGUUAACUUCCAAAAGAAUGGCAACAAAACUUUCUUAGUACUAAAUAAAAAUCUGAGGAACUUUGGGGUUCCUGUACCAAGCGUGCCAAAGCAAUCCGAACCUUGGCCACCAUUACCCGCUCACGUUCAUUUAAGCAACUUCAUACACCGAGCGCCCCCAAAACCGGACACUCCACCACCUGAGGGGAGCUGGAAUCCCGCUUCGAAUUAUCCAAAUGAAGACGUCGAGCCUUUCCACGUUUACCUGCCCGAAUUAGAGCAGCCAAAGUGCGACGUUAACGACGGAUUAAUUUCGCCAUCGGCUUUCGGUGUAUUUUUUCCUUCGCAGCCCACUAAAAAGUACUGCGGUACCACCGAGUUUACUUCGGGAAAGAACGCCUUCCUAGAUGAUUCCGGUUACGGUGGAUUUAGUAGUUUCGGUCGAGAAAGUCCGAUCAAUUCGGCGAACAUCCCGUAAAGGGGGUGAACCUUCCAAUGAUUUUAUUACUGUGAUUUUUUAGGUAUAUGUUUGUGUCAUAUCAUAAGUGUUAUUUUAUGAAAAUGUAAACUAUUAUUGUAAUUUAUGUACGCAUUUUGUAUGAUGCUCUUUUUAAUGUUUUUGCACAUUUAUGAAUAGAAUUUAUAAUAUUAUCAAAUAAAUAAAGAUGUUACCUUAUUUC